CCCCCACUGGGGAUGUGCCCGCAACCAAGGUAUUUACAUGAAGAAUUUCCAGAGUCCUGGUCAGUUCCCAGAUUGGCUGAAGGCUUUGCUGUUAGCACCGAUGUGAUCAGAAGGGUUUUAAAAAGAGUUUGUACCCCCACAUUGGAGAAGAAACUGAAGCAGGAUCAAAAAGUCCUUAAGAAAGCUGGGCUUGCCCCCUCGCUCCGCCAGCUUCCAGGCCCUGGGGAGACCUGGAAGCUGCUUUCUGCAGGCCACCCCGUGUCAGGAGGUGAAGCCUCAUCCCAAGGCCAAGGUCACAGCACAGCUUUGAAGGUGAUAGAACCGAAUACUCAGAGUACAAACACUCCGAGGAGACAGAAGGGAAGGAAUAAAGGAGUCCAGAGCCUGGAGAAGGAAAGCUUUGUGCCUGUUGCUGCAGCCCAAGGUCAUCAGAGAGUGCUGCAGAAGUUCUCCACCAGCGAUUGUGAGGGCACCAGAGGCACUGGCAGUGAUGGAUUGCCAAGUGCGCAGAAGCUGAAAGAGUUGAGGGCAAGAGAACUGGGUGACCAGAACUUCAGCAGCAAGGUCGUGCAGAGGGGGCGAGAGUUCUUUGACGACAAUGGGAACUUCCUGUACAGAAUUUGAACUGGAGCCUGGCUUGGGAGAUGUCACGUAAAACACAGCUGAGCGAGUAUAUUUGAGCUGCCUGGAUUUCUGUGUGUGGAUUAUCCACCUUGGAAGUGAUGAGCCUGGAAAUGGAGGGAGCUGCUUGGAUUCCAAUCUGACAAGGGACAGUGAACUUCACAGGGCAGAUGUAUAUGCGGGCAGCGUGAAUAACGGGCUAGGUAUAGUCUAGCUAGCUCCUAGAGCAUGGCUCCUGGUCUGACCCAUGUGGGUAUUCAGUACUCACCCUUCUUGCUGAGGCUUUCUAUGUGUCAAAAUCAGCCUGUGCCGCAUGUGUUAGGAGUUCGUUGUAUUUGCAAUAUGUGUUUGGGAGGAAUUGAAAAGUUUUCCUUCUGACAUCAUUUACUUCUUGAUUAAGGAACACUAACAGUUCUAGAGCUGCUUAGUCAAUUGGUUGUAUCCGUUUUGUGCAAAAUAAAGUGAAAUGUAGCCGUC